AUGGCAAAGAACAUCGACUCUUUCGAACAACUUACGACUCGAAUCGGAAGUCUGCGGAUGAGAAGAUGUGGUGCAACACCAGCUUUGACUAUCUUCGUCGCUUACGCUCCAACAUCAGAAGAAGUCGGAACUCUCUAUAUGGACCUGGAGAAGCUCUACCGAGAAGAUCAUGCCUUUUGGCGAUUUCAACGCCAAAGUUGGCCCAAGAAGAAUGCCGCAGGAACUUCACAUCGGGACCCACGGCCUACAAUGGAAUGA